UUGAGUAGAGUAAAGUUUAAGGAAAGUAAUAGACUUGAUAAAGGCAAUGAUAGAAAUUUAGACAGAGGGAAAUGUGAUGGAAGUAAUGAGAAGGAUAGCUCUGAGUGUGUGAAAUGUGUAAAUCCAGAAGUACAGGGUGAUGUAGGAAUGGACACAGUGACUCGAGCAGAAAGUUUCCUGGAAUCUCUCAGCCUUACAGAACAACAGAUAAAAGAAGUUUGUUCAGUUCUUCCGGAUUCUGUGAAAGAUUCUUCGGAGACAAGAAUAGUAGAAUCCUUAGUGGAGACCCAGCUGGAAGGAUCAAACACAGUAACCACCAUGAAUGCUCCACGCUUCAACAAGUUCCUCAGGCAAUUAUUAACGCACUAUUGUGAUCUUGACACUACCAAGGAGAGCAAACAUGCACUCUGUGAGAAAGCAGUGCAGUGGGCACGAGACAGAAAAAGUGUGAACCUUCGACAUGAGUUAGAGCUAACACUGAUGUCCUUGUACUACAGUACCUAUCACUAUAAACAAGCAGAGACUGUUGCCAGUGCCCUCUAUUCUGAAACCAAAAAGUUACAAGAUAAAGAAAAAACAGUGAAGGCGUGCUUGUGCCUAAGUCAAGUGUACCAUGCCAUGGGCAAUAUCUCCAAGGCUCGGGCCAACAUAACUACAGCUAAAACAGAGGCUCUCAAGAUCUAUACACCUCCAGAUAUGCAAGGAGAACUUGAUCUCCAAUCAGGCAUUAUGCAAGUAGCUGAGGGUAAGGAUAUGGAAACAGCAUAUUCCUACUUUAAAGAGGCAGCAACAGGCUUCACCUCUCGCAAGCAAAGAGCACGAGCACUCAAGUACAUGUUGCUGUCCAAGAUUAUGGUCAACAGGGCUGAGGACGGAGAAAAGGCAGUGAGAAGCCAAAGUCACAUUGAAGACAUUGACGAGGGUGUGGAAGCAAUGCUGGCUAUAGCAAGCGCUGCCAACAGGUCCUCGCUUGCAGAGUUCAGGAAGACUCGGGAGCAGUAUGAAGAGCACUUGGUAGGGGACAUGGUUGUUGCGAGUGUACUGGAUGAUCUCUACACCACCAUGAUGGAGAAGAACCUCCUCAACAUUGUCUUACCUUAUGAACGUUUACAGAUUGAUCACAUUGCGGGUCGCAUCAACCUGCCCAGAGAAGAGAUUGAGAGGAGAAUCUCACAGAUGAUUCUUGACAAGCGCAUCAACGCCCAGCUAGAUCAUCGUGACGAUUGCCUUUAUGUGUAUGCUUCUGAAGACUCGGAUGUUGUGUAUCAAAAAGGAAUUGACAUUCUCUCUCAGUUAGAUAAGACAGUGUCACACCUCAACCGUAAAGUGAAGAAACUGUUGUAAUGAAAGGCACACAUAGGAAUGACACGCCUCCUUGUGAGUUGAGAACCGCAAGUGUACAGUAACAAUUUUGACUUUUGUAUGUGGUCUGUGAGCGCAAUAUUAUAUUUCUAAGAUUUGAAACUGUGAAAUGAGUUUAUUAACUGUAAUAGCUAGCAUUCAAAUUAUUUUAUAGAGGACCUGAAUUGGUUUUAAGACAUUUAAGGAAAACUAUUGAUACACAUUUGUUGUUGUCAGUUACUGAUGUGAUAAAUGUGUCUUGAAGAUGGUGUAUAAUACAUUGUUGAUAAAAGAGCAGUGCAUAUAUAUUCUGGGUACAGUACAGUACUCUUAUUACAGGAGGUAUCAUUUUUGGGGAGAGGCAUUUCUUCUCUUGUUUGUUAAAUUGUUAGUGAUGAAGAGAAUAUUUGGUUUAUAGUAGAUCUAACACACACACACACACACACACACACACACAAAACACACAUGUAUUCACAAAACUUGCA